CCCGGAGGGGAGCGCCGGGCGCAGGAAGCCUGACAAAUAGAAAAAUACAACAAAGUGAAGAGAAAAUUUACUUCAUGAGAACUGAGCUCUGCUUUCAUUUGCUUUUAAGUUUAUUUAUAUUAGUAGCUGAUUAGUGUCAGAUCAUCUCUGUAGUCUGCUGUGGUGAAAUUGCUAGGUUAAGCCUGGAAAAAAUGAAACAGUUAAAAAGAAAAAGAAAAAGCAAUUUUAGUGUUCAGGAAACUCAAACUCUCCUUAAGGAAAUCAGAAAAAGGAGAGAGGUACUCUUUUCGAAGCAACUUAAUACAACAAUUAAUGAGAUGAAACGGAAAGCUUGGGAGGAAAUAGCAGAGUGUGUCAAUGCAGUAGGUGAAGGAGAGCAGAGAACAGGGACAGAGGUGAAAAGGCGAUACCUUGACUGGAGAGCACUCAUGAAGAGAAAACGUCUGAAUGCAAACAUCAAAGUAGUAGGUGCUGGGUUUCACCUUCCUUCAUCCAAUUUAGAUGACUCUCUCAAUGAAGACAUGGAUGAGAAAAUGGGAUUUGCAAUUGAAUCUAGUUUUGAAUGGCAGAAUAUCACUGACUUCAGAGAAGCCGGUGGAUCUUUAACAGAAAUCAAAGUAGAAGAGGAAGAGGAGGAUCCACAGAAUUUUGAAUUUCCUAUUGAGGAAGAAGAAGAAAUACUGUCAUCGGUUCUACCAGAUUCAAAAAAGGAAAAUGACCUACCAGACUUCCCCCACAUUGAAGAGUUUGGAAAUCUGAGUUCUGCUCAAGCUAGGCUAGCCUAUGAAGAUUCUCACUUGCUUAUAAAUCUGGAGAAGCAAAAGGUGGAGCUGGAGAAACAGCGACUGGACAUUGAAGCUGAAAGGUUGCAAGUGGAGAAGGAGCGCCUGCAGAUUGAGAAGGAGCGGUUGCGGCACGUUGACUUGGAGCGUGAGAGGCUUCAGAUUGAGAAGGAGCGACUUCAGAUUGAGUGGGAGAAACUCAGGCUAGAGACUCUGCAUGCUGAAAAACCUGCCCUGGAAAAUGACCUCACCCAAACUGAAAAACCCAUCAUGCAGCCUCUGGAUCUAGAAACUGAAAAGUUAAAACUUGAAAAGGAGCGUUUGCAGUUAGAGAAAGAAAGGCUACAGUUCCUAAAGUUUGAGUCAGAAAAGCUGCAGAUUGAGAAGGAACGCUUGCAAGUGGAGAAGGAGCGCCUUCGAAUUCAGAGAGAGGGUCACUUGCAGUGAACGUCUCAGCUAAGGUGUCAACGUUAGUGUUUUGAUGUUUCUAAAUUAGAAGUAGUUCUUUCCUUGAUACUGAAAUUGUCCUAGAGGCUUAACAUUCUUCUGUUCAGAGUUGAACGUUGAUGUUAAACUGAAAAAAAAAUGGUGCUCAGUAUGUCAAUGUGCCUACAUAAAUGAGCUUAUGUGUGAAAUUGCUUUUCAGUGUAUCAGAACCUAAGUGUUAUGUUCUCUUGUCUUCAGUAUUGUGCUGUAUUACUUUGGUGUCCUCCUCUCACAGAGGCCUUGAGAAGAAACAAGGCUGAACCUUGUACUUUUUGUCACUGUACUAACAGGAAGGAAGGAUCAGAAUAAAUCAGUGUUUGCUAUGAGGACAUGGUGCUGACAAUAGCCUAUAUGGUAAGGAAGUAUAAUUUUGGCAGAACACAGGAAUACGGAGUCAUUAUGAGAGUGAUUCAUUAAAUUUUAUUUCCGCCCCACACCUUUUUUCUCCACCCCCACAAUUGAGAAAAACAGUUGAACAGUUAUCUAGAAGUUAAAGUGCAAGUUAAAUUCAUUGUGGUUGUAUUUGCUGUCGUUCCAUGGCUUGAACUGAGUGGGAGUGCAGAAAAUAGGUUUGAGGUUUUUUUGGUUUUCUUUUUUUUUUUUUUGGAUGAAGUAUUCAUAUUAGGUAAAGUUACACAUUAGCCAUACCUACUAUAAGCUGGCCUGCUGGUUUCACCAGGUCAUUAAUAAUGCUGUAUGGAGUAGAGCACUUGUGUUAGCAUAGCACAGGGAUUUAUUGAUGGAUCAGCCAUGCUGUCUAAUGAGUCUGUGAUGACCCCCUGAAGGAAAUUGCUAGACCUUGUCUUGGAAGGCAGUAGCUGGUGAUGGGAGUCUCAGAAAUGGAGACUGAGCCUACAAACCCCUGAGCUUGAGCACUUCUAUACUCAUUGAUGGUUCUGCCUGGCCAGUGCCAAGGUCACGUCUGCAAGGCAGCCAGAAGAGGCUUCUGUGGCUCUCUGUGUAUAUAUAUUUAUUUUAAUUAGACAAACAGAAAUGGUCAGUGCUGAAGGCUGUUAGUAUUUUUCAUAGGUAAUGUAGUCAUAUAGCAAGAAAAAGGAAACACCCAAGGAAGGAAGCUUUCUAUUAUUUCAUAUAUGUUUAAAUCCCAUCUGAGCCAGACUUCAACUUUCUCAUCUUUCUGCAAGUAACUGUCUUCUUAACUCCAUUGGAGAUGUAGGACUGUGGGAAUACUAAGGCUAAACAUAUGUUGAGUGACUUAGGUGAAUUCUUGUGCGAGUAAAUAAUAUUUAUACCACUACAGGUUUACUUUUAUUCUGCAAAGAUUAUUUUUUUAUUACUGAAACAAGUGUGCUUCUACAGUGGAAAUAAAUUUGGCUACUACACUCCAAAA